GGAAAUAUUUCUGAUCAGAAAAAGAUACCGCAUCUCUUAGCAGUUUUCUACCUGCCAUGAUCAAGUGUUUGUCUGAGGAAGUGCAAGCUAAACUUCGUUCUGGUGUGGCUGUCAGCUCCCUUAGCCAGUGUGUUGAAGAACUUGCCCUCAAUAGCAUUGAUGCUGAAGCAAAAUGUGUGGCUGUGAGAGUAAACGUGGAAACUUUCAAGGUUCAGGUUGUAGACAACGGAUCUGGGAUGGAAAGGGAUGAUAUAGAGAGUGUGGGAAAACAGUAUUUCACCAGCAAGUGCAAAUCUGUACAAGACUUGGAGAACCCAAAGUUUUACGGUUUCCGAGGGGAAGCAAUAUCAAGCAUAGUAAAUAUGGCCAGUGUUGUAGAAAUUUCAUCCAAAACAAACAGGACAGUGGAAACUUUUGUGAAACUGUUUCAGAAUGGGAAAGCCCUGGAAGCUUGUGAAGCUGAGUUGACUAGGCCAAGUUCAGGGACAACGGUUACUGUAUGUAACCUAUUUUACCAGUUACCAGUGAGGAGGAAAUGCAUGGAUCCCAGACUGGAGUUUGAGAAGGUUAGGCAGAGGAUUGAAGCACUCUCCCUCAUGCACCCGUCCAUCUCCUUCUCCUUGAGAAAUGAUAUUUCUGGUUCUAUGGUUCUUCAGCUCUCCAGAACCAAAGAUACAUGCUCUCGAUUUUGUCAAAUUUAUGGAUUGGGUAAAUCACAAAAGUUGAGAGAAAUCAAUUUUAAAUAUAAAGAAUUUGAACUAAAUGGAUAUAUCAGUUCUGAAGCACAUUACAAUAAAAAUUUGCAGUUUUUGUUUGUGAACAAAAGAUUGAUUUUAAGAACAAGGUUGCAUAAACUCAUUGACUUUUUAUUAAGGAAAGAAAGUAUUAUUUGUAGGCCAAAGGGUGGCCCUGCAAGUAAGCAAAUGAAUUCAAGCCCUCCUCGGCAUCGGCCAAACACAGAACUCCAUGGGAUCUAUGUAAUCAAUGUCAGAUGCCAAUUUUGUGAGUAUGAUGUGUGUCUAGAUCCAGCAAAAACUCUAAUUGAAUUUAGGAACUGGGAUACUAUCUUGGCUUGUAUUCAGGAAGGGAUAAAAACUUUUUUAAAACAAGAGCAAUUAUUCAUAGAAUUGUCAGGUGAUGACAUUAAAGAAUUUAAUGAAGACAGUGGCUUGACCUUAUUCAGUGCUAUUCUUCAGCCUGUGGCCUCUGAUGAAAAAUGUGUCCAGAACAGUUUUCAGGAAGCAUGUGAAAAUAUCAUGGAUUCAUAUGAAAUAUGUAAUAUGAAGUCUAAAACUGUGAAAAGAAAAGCUGCUGUGGAAAACAUUACUUUAAAGACUUGUAGGAGUGAAGAAAACAUCAAACAAAUAAAAGACAGCCAAGGGCUGACCAACAGUGGAUCAGAUGAAAUGUGCUUGAAUGACAUGAUAGAGUCAUCUGUACCUUGUCAAGAUGGUAUCUGCUCAGGACCACAUAUCUUAACACAACAGGAAGCCAAAUUCACAGAUUCUGAAAAAAAUACUAAAAAUAUUUGUUUAGAACUUGAGUGUUCAGAAAAUCACUGUGGAACCAGUUUAGAAAAGUUAAAGAGUUCUUGUUAUACUCCACAUUACCUCAAGGACAGUGAAGAAAAUCCAUGUCUACAAAAGGAAAAGACCAAUGAUAAUGGAGUAGUUGUUACCAGCAUUUCUGGGGGACAACAACAGAGACUUAAAUAUAUGCCCGAAAUGGCAUGCAAAUCCCCACCUUUUGGGAGAAUACUAUUGGAGACAUGUGAUACACUUAAAGAAGAUGAAAGAACAAAGAGAGAAUCUAACUGUGAUACAGGAAAGACAGUUAGUAGUUACGGACAAGUUCAGCUAUGCUCCACUGGCUUUAUAACUCAUGUGAUGCAAACCCAACAAUCAAAAGCAUCUGAAAUGGACUUUACAUUAAAAAAUAAUUUCCAACCUGGGCCUAUUAGUGCCAGGCAAAUAUUUGGAAACAAAACCCAAAGUUCAGUUGAGACUCCAAACAUAGACUUAAAUAUUAAUUUAAGUGAAGAAUCUGCUAAACCAGUCAACCAAAAUUUUUGCUUAGCAAAUAUGAAAGAUGGGCCAAAAAGCAAGACCAUAGGAAGCUAUAAAAAUGAGACACUUUCCCAAAAGAAAAGCAGUAAGCAAUCACAUACAAGUAACUUGUUAUCUAAUCCUUCCUUAGCUUUUCCUUGGAAUGUACACGUUUCAAAUAAUAGGAAGAAAACAGAAAAACUGAUUGGUUAUGCCAAACCCUUUGCUCAUAAGAAACCAAACUUGUUUUUACAACCAGUGUCUUUAGAGAAGUUUAAGAGACAAUAUAGGAAGGCUGAGAGUCCUUUACCUACAAGAGUUCAGGUUAUUAAUAAUGAUUUUGAAAUAACUGCCAAUAAUGGUUCCCAAGUUGAACCUGACUUUUCCCAGAAAGGGAAUAGCCACAUAGACCACUCCAAUAUUUGCAAAAUUCCAACUAUAAAUAACAAUGAAUCCAGUGAUAGUGACCAACCAGUUAGUCACAUCCUCUCAGAACAGUUUCCAACUUCCAAGAAAAAGGAGAUAUGGGAGCAACAGAAUGCCUGUGUGAGAGAAAGUCCUAUAACACUGACAGACUAUUCUCAGCUUAACAGAAAACCUUUGAAUGUUAAUAGGCCAUUGGGAUCAUUAGCAUCUAAGCUAUCCAGAAUGAAAGGUCACAACGAAGAAGCUUUAAUUACUGAAAGUACAGGACAUUCUAAUGACUCUUGCCAAUUGGGCUCCAGUAUAAAAGACAGUAGCUUAUGCAAUGUGUUAGCCCAGGAGUCUCAUAAGUUACCUCAUAACAUGCACAAAAUAACAGGAGAUAGUAGCCUCAUCCCAGAUUCAGACACUGUUGUGCAAGAUAAUACCUAUGAUAAAAAUACAAAUUCACCUUUUACUAACCAGUCAUUACUAAUCAGUACAACAGAGGACUAUCCAAUGAGACAUAAUGUUCCUUUGGUGUUAUCCAGGAAUGAGCCUUUUGAAGUCUGUGAAGACCCAAGUAUCACCACCAUAUCUUCAGAACAACAGUUGGAAACAGCCAGCCCUCCCAGCACAGCCUUAAUAAGUCAUGUAGACAUUUCAGCAGAUGAUCAAACUGCAGCUUGUUUUCAGAAAGAGGAUACCAAAGCAAGAGUUUCUAAGGAUGAAGAGUCAAUGGCACCUUCCUUUGAUUGGCAACAGCAUUUUGAUUUGUCACUGGGUAGAACGGUCUAUGUCAACAAAAUAACUGGACUUAGCACAUUCGGUGCCCCCCAGAAGGAAAGUUUGGUCAGUUGUACAAAAGACCUAACAACCAUGGCUGUCAAUGUUGUCUCCCGAAAUGAUACUGUAGAUGAAACCGUUGGUAUUGAUUCUCUGCAAACUUUGUUCUCAGAGUGGGAAAAUCCAGUGUUUGCCCGAUAUCCAGAGGUUGCUCUUGACGUGAGCAGUGAACAGGCUGAGAGUCUAACAGUGAAAAUUCACAACAUCUUGUAUCCGUAUCGUUUUACCAAAGAGAUGGUUCAUUCGAUGCAGGUUCUCCAACAAGUGGAUAAUAAGUUUAUUGCCUGUUUAAUGAGUACAAAGCAGGAAGAGAAUGGUGAGGCAGGUGGAAACCUGCUUGUGUUGGUAGAUCAGCAUGCUGCCCAUGAGAGGAUCCGCUUAGAGCAGCUCAUUUGUGAUUCCUAUGAGAAGGAACAGCCAAAAAGCUUUCACCGCAAGAAACUGCUGUCUUCUACCAUCUACCCGCCAAUGGAGGUCAUGGUGACAGAGGAACAGAGGAGGCUCUUACAGUGUUACUACAAGGGCCUGGAAGAUCUGGGCCUGAAAUUAAUGUUUCCAGAUGCCCCCAGCUCCCAUAUCCUUGUGGGAGAGGUGCCGCUCUGCUUUGUAGAAAGAGAAGCCAAUGAGGUCCGGAGGGGAAGACCUACUGUGACCAAAAGUAUCCUGGAGGAGUUUAUUCGAGAACAAGUAGAGCUGCUUCAGACUACAGGAGGAGCUCAAGGGACUUUGCCACUUACCAUCCAGAAGGUGUUAGCAUCCCAGGCCUGCCAUGGAGCUAUUAAGUUUAAUGACAGCCUGAGCCUAGAGGAGAGUUGUCGACUUAUUGAGGCUCUAUCUCGGUGCCAGCUGCCCUUCCAGUGUGCUCAUGGGAGACCUUCAAUGCUGCCCUUGGCAGACAUAGACCAUUUGGAACAGGAGAAACAGUAUCCUAAACCAAACCUCACUAAACUUCGCAAAAUGGCCCAGGCCUGGCAUUUGUUUAAGAAAAUAGAAACUCAUGAUGAAAAGCAAAACAAAGGCUGAAACCACCUUGUGAACUUCCAUGAAGGCAGGACUCUCCAGACAAGCCCCACACCUGUGAGAAGAUGAAGGGACAUUAGCUGAAUACAGCUGCCUGCAGGAUGAAUCACUGUGGUUGGGACACUUUCCUUAGCAAGCCCAAUGCACAGAACUGGCUUCAAAAGCGUAGCCCUUUCUUGGGCAUCUCUGUAGGCACCUGCCAUAUGAUAAUUUAAAUCUGAAAGCUGCGUAAGGGGAAAUGUAUAGAUGUAUGCAUUUAUAUGACUCAGGAGUUUGAAAAUAUCUUUCCAUGUCUAUUUAUAAUUUAUUUUGGAGUAAAAUUUGAUAAUUGAUUUUUUUAAAAAGUCAUCUGUUUAGUUUUCAUUUAAUAUGCAAUACAUCCUCGCAUCCAUGUUCAAUGCUAGUCCCGUAUUCACCUCCCUGUCCUAUAGUUUCCCUGAGCUCUGUCCCUUUCCACUAGGAUCUGUGACAAAAAGGUUUGGGAGACAUAGUUUCUGGGUAAUUUAGUCAUUUUUAUUAAUAAGUCCAGCAUUUUAUUAAUAAA